GUGGGUUUCUCUAUCAGAGGCGAUUUAUGAGAUGCUGACUCUGGAUAGUUCCACUCAGGAUCAUCUCGAUCAGUCAUGGGUCGUCCUGGGCUUCAGAUGUGGACAUGGACCCUGUGUGUCUUCUUCAGCUGGAUGUGUGUGGGGGAAGCAGUGACUGGACCGCAGUACAUGGUAGCCAUUCCUGCGGUUCUUGAAGCUGGAGCUGAGACCAAAUUCUGUGCGAGUCUCCUGCAUCCCAACGAGACUCUGGUCAUGACCGUCACUCUGAUGUCCCAAGAGGCGAAUACAACCCUCCUCAAGCAGUCGUCCAGUGAAGACUUCCAUGCCUGCCUUCAGUUUCAGGUUCCAUUAGUGAAGAAUGGAGCAGUGCAUAAUUUCGAGGUGGAGGUAAAAGGCGACACAUUUUACUCAAAAGAAGUCAGGAAAGUCCAGAUCAAUGUCUAUCAACCAAUGACAUUCGUCCAAACAGAUAAACCAAUCUACCUCCCUGGACAAACAGUGCAUUUCAGAGUCGUCACACUGGACACUAAAAUGAGACCUGCCAGUCAGCUGUACAAUAUCAUCGAAAUUGAGGAUGCUAAAAACAACCGGAUUGGACAGUGGUUGAAUGAAACAUCCAACAGUAAGAUACUGCAGCUUUCUUAUGCCUUGAACUCUGAGGCCCGUGAAGGAACCUACAAAGUUACUGUGUCGAUUGGGUCAACUAAAAGAUAUCACAGCUUCAAGGUAGAGAAAUAUGUUUUGCCUAAAUUUGACGUAAAACUAGAUGUAACCGAUGAAGUAAGUAUUGAUCAGGAAGAAAUCAAAGCUGAAGUAUGUGCAACGUAUACAUACGGACAGCCUGUACCAGGCAGUGUUAAAAUGAAGGUGUGCCGACCUCUUAAUAGCUACGUGAGUAGAGUAGAUCUAAUCAACCUUGAUGAUCUGGGUGGAAUCUUCGGUAUUACUCCCCCAUGCUACGAGGAGACCAAGCAGGCGGACAAGAAAGGCUGUGCCAAUUUUAUGUUCAUGAUGUCAACUUUCACAAAAAUGGCGCAAAAGGCGUUGAUAGAUACACUGGAAGUCAGAGCCGAAGUGGAAGAGGAGGGGACAGGUAUUACACGCCCACAAGAGAAGAACAUAAAGAUUUCAUAUGUUAUUGGAAAGCUGUCCUUCAUUGACACACCCAAAAUUUACCAACAAGGAUCCGAUGUGGAGGGAAAAAUUAAAGCAGUUUAUUACAAUAAUACGCCCAUUCCUGGCAUGCCGGUGCACCUGUUUGAGGGUGAAAGGUGGUCAGCACGUCUGCUGCAGAAUCUCACAACUGAUAGCGAUGGUGUCGCCACUUUUUCAUUGAGCACAGCUGACUUUAAAGGGGACAUCCACCUCCAUGUGAGCAUCUCUCCGAAAAUGAGCUACAUUCCUUACAGAACGCCCCACUAUGAGACUGGAGAUCACACAGUGUCGAUGGCCCAACUGUCUUCUCCUGAUACUAAAACAGUCAGCUCUCUGGAAGUGAAGAAGAAGGAUAACCCACUUGCCUGUGACAAAGAAGAAGACAUCUCCAUCCACUACACUGUAGUUGGAGAGGCCCAGGGCUCUGUGGAUAUGAUGUAUUUGGUCUUAUCCAGAGGAGCUAUUGUCAUGCAAAGAGUUCAGCAGGUUGAAGUGCAGGAUAAGUCAGUGAAUGAGGGUGAUGUGUCCUUUAAGCUGGCAGUGUCUCCGGACAUGGCACCAGACGUCCAGAUUGUGGCAUACGCCAUCCUCCCCAGUGAGACUGUGAUCGCCCACAAUGCCGACUUCUCCGUUGAGAAAUGCUUUGCUCACAAGGUGUCGCUGGCGUUUUCUCCGUCCUCAGCUGUCCCCGGAGAGGAGACCACCCUGCGUGUGAUGGCCCAGCCAGACUCUCUCUGUGGGGUGAGCGCUGUCGACCAGAGCGUCCUCAUCAAGGAGCCAGGGAAGACUCUGGAUGCAGACAAGAUAUUUGAUUUGUUGCCUGUCAGAAAAGCAUCCUUCAUUCCAUAUGCCGCUCAAGAUCCUGUAAAAUGCUUGCAUGUGAGACCGAGAAGAUACAUUUUGCCAAUCCCCGAUGAUAGGCAUGAUGCUUUUACGGUUUUCCAGAAUGUAGGGAUGAAGAUGGCAACAAACUUGGUUAUCCGAAUGCCUACAUGCAUCAAUUUCAAAGGAUGGGAAUACCACCACCACCGCAGCUAUUAUUUUGGCGUUGGCUAUGUUCAUAGAAAUGUGGCUGGUACUCCGGUAGGUGCCCAGGGAAGUGCUGCGAGAGGUGCCGCACACUAUCCUGCUCCCCCACCAAUAGAGACCGUCCGCACUUUCUUCCCCGAGACCUGGAUAUGGGACCUGGUGGAAGUUGGAGAUUCUGGAACAAAGGAUGUGUCCCUCAUUGUCCCAGACACCAUCACCACCUGGGAGACGGAGGCUUUCUGUCUGUCCUCUCGGGGUUUUGGCUUGGCUCCUCGAAAAGAGAUCACCGUCUUCCAGCCCUUCUUCGUCGAGCUCAGCCUGCCCUACUCCAUCAUCCGAGGAGAGCACUUUGAACUGAAGGCAACCAUCUUCAACUACCUGACCAGCUGUAUCAUGGUCAAUGUGUCUCCAGCCCCAUCCUUAGAUUACACCCUCACCCCCCUCUCUGGUGACCAGUACACAUCCUGUUUGUGCGGCAGUGAGCGCAAGACCCUCAGCUGGACCAUGGCCCCCUCAUCCUUAGGGGUUAUGAAUGUGUCAGUGACUGCUGAGGCCGUGGCAUCCCACACAUCAUGUGACAAUGAGAUUGUGAGCGUGCCAGAGAGAGGUCGUAUCGACAUGGUCACACGAUCUCUCAUAGUAAAGGCUGAAGGAACUGAGAUGACAAAGACCUACAACUGGCUGCUCUGUCCAAAAGGAGAGGCGUUGACAGAGGAAAUAGACAUAGAACUCCCUGACAAUGUGAUUGUUGGAUCUACCCGUGCUUCAGUAUCAGUCCUGGGUGACAUUCUGGGCCGAGCCCUGAACAACCUGGAUGGGCUGCUGAAGAUGCCGUAUGGAUGUGGGGAGCAAAACAUGGCACUCCUGGCCCCCAACAUCUACAUCCUCCAGUACCUGGAAAACACACGGCAGCUUACCCCAGCCAUCAAGGAAAAGGCUACCAACUUCCUGACUAGUGGCUACCAGAGACAGCUGAACUACAAACAUAAAGAUGGUGCUUACAGCACAUUUGGAUCAGGAACAGGAAACACUUGGCUGACUGCUUUCGUUCUGAGAUCGUUUGCCAAAGCGCAGUCGUUCAUCUACAUCGACCCAGCAAAGCUCGAAGAGUCUAUGGUUUGGCUGAACGAUAAACAACGAGAAAAUGGCUGUUUUGAACGGUCAGGGAACCUCUUUCACAACAGAAUGAAGGGUGGUGUGUCUGACGAAGUGACCCUCAGUGCCUACAUCACUGCUGCCUUCUUGGAGAUGGAGAAGCCCGUAGAUGAUCCUGUGGUGAACCAGAGCCUGUCUUGCCUCAAGGAGUCCACCAGUGACCUCAGCAACACCUACACUACAGCUCUGCUGGCGUACGUCUUCACCCUGGCAGGAGACAUGAAGACCCGUGCUCACCUUCUGAAGCACCUAGACACUGUUGCAAUACAAGACGGAGGGUUCCUCCACUGGUCUCAGACAGCAAAAGACACGUCAGCCUCCCUGUCUGUGGAAAUCAGCUCCUACGUGCUGCUGGCCAAACUCAGCGCCGCUCCUACAGCUGAAGACCUGGGCUACACCAGCAGCAUCGUUAGAUGGCUGACGGGCCAGCAGAACUACUAUGGAGGUUUCUCCUCCACACAGGACACAGUGGUGGCUCUUCAGGCUCUGACUCUCUACUCCACUCUGGUGUUCAGUCCAGACGGUUCCAGCACAGUGACAGUCCAGUCUCCCAGUGGUGAGAUGACAUUUGAUGUGAACCAGAACAACAAACUGCUCUACCAGGAGAAGCUGCUGCAGGACGCGGCAGGAAAGUACAGCCUGGAGGUGAAGGGCACUGCAUGUGCUGUAAUGCAGAUUUCACUCCGCUAUAACGUCCCAACUCCUCAUGAAAUCAGCACUCUCAGUGUUGAGAUCAAGGCAGAGGCCAACUGCUCCAGCAAAAGACCCAAUCUCUCUCUGAAGCUGAAGUCCCUAUAUACUGGAAGGGAGACCAGUACAAACAUGGUGAUCCUGGAUAUCAAAAUGCUCUCUGGAUUUGUCCCACAACCAGAGUCUUUGAAGGCUCUAAAAGGUGCCCUGCUGGUGGAUCGUGUUGAACUAAAGGACGAUCAUGUUCUGGUGUACAUACAGGAGUUAAUAAAGGAUAUACCCAUCAACCACAGCUUAGACCUCAUACAGGAGCACCCAGUGCAGAACCUGAAGCCAGCUGUGAUCAAGAUCUACGACUACUACCAGCCAAGUGACCAGGAUGAUGCAGAAUACAUCUACCCUUGUGCUGCCAGUAACAAUAUGUAAUAACAUACAGAAGCACUGCAACGUUUCUGACAAAAGUCAUUUCCAAAAAACAUUUUCACCCCAACCACAAAAACCUAUAAUGUCUUAAAUUGUUCAGAAUCACUCUUACAAGAAUGUACAACAUUUUGGAAAUAAAUCGAUGACGAGCCGUGGUCGGUGCCGUCGAUCCUAACUUGCACAAACUUCAGUCAGAUUGAUUGUUUUCGUUAUUUCUUUCACCGGGUUAACUGAAGUGUGGUUAGUCCUCGCGCCGUCACCGAUUCCAGUAUAAUUUAAAAUUACUUGCAUUUUAUUACAGAUAUAUUUGAUGAACCUUUACAACAUGUCUGUUUGUGUAAACAUACACAAACAGUUAUCAAGUAUUUGCUUGUUAGUAUUCUGCCACAAUCCCUUGCAGCUGUCUAACUACUGUAUGUGUCUGAGGUGAAAUGCAUGCACGAUGGACAAUAAAAUAAUUGUAAUGUGAAAAAAAAAA